AUGAAUCAAGGGGACUCUUAUCGCGAAGCUGAACUUCAAACUUUGUUGAAGGAGGAACGAGACAGAUGCACGCAAUACAAAGAAAUUUACCAAGAUCUGAAAGUUGAUCACGGAAAAUUAGAAGCUGAAUUAGAAUCAAUAAAUAAUCAAUUAAGAGAAGUAACUGCUCAACAUGAGAAAGACAGAGCAUCUGAUCGAUCGUAUAUUAGUGAGCUGGAAAAUCGAAUCAAAGAAAAGGAGAAUGAAAUUAUUACUCUUACAGAAAAGUCUGAGAGAUUGAAGCUGAUCAUGCAGAAAGAUGUGUUACAGAGAGAGUUUACUAACUGCCAAGAACAUCGUAAACUUGUGAAUAAGGAAUUGCAGGAAGGUAAAAGGGAAGCCUACCUUCUGCAAGGAAAACUUGCCGAAGCUGAACACAAAUGUCAACUUACUAUCACUAAUCUUCAUGUUGAAAUGGAACGAUGGAAAGCUGAGCAGGAGUCUGAAAAGGAACAUAUGGCAGAAGAAAUGUCUAAAAUCAAGAUGGAAUUAAAUGCUACAGUUGAUGAAUUGAAUCAGGCUCAACAAGUUUUAUUGCUCAAAGAACAAGAAUAUCAACAAAAUUUGAUGGUUGCAAAACAGCAACUAUGGAAACAAACGAGUGAAUUAAGCAAAGCAAAAGAUAAAUUAGAAAGAAAGCUGCUAGAAAUUGAAAGUGAUAGAGCAGAGCAUAUUACAAUGCUGAGUCAAGAAUUGCAAACACUAAAGCAAAAUCUGCAGACAUCCAAUGAAGCCAAGCUGAACAGAGAAAAGGAAAUUUUUGCUUUGAAGAAUAAACUUGAUGAGAUGUCAAAAAGCAAUGAUAACGAAGCCUACACAACUCUAGCUCAGUCAGAUCAGGAUCGUGAGAUUUUGCAUCUAAAGUUAAGUUGGGAACAACAGAAGCUUCAAUUUCACCAAAAGUUGGAAGAACUAGAAUCUCAGCUCAAAGAGACAAGACACAUUGCUGCUUCUGAGAAACAACAGCUUGAGCAGAAAACAAAGAAAUACACUCACUAUAUUAACAAACUUAAGGAGAAGAAUGAAAUUUUGAAGGCACAAAAUGGUGAUUUAGAAGCUGAAAAGACAGACCUAAGGAAAAAUGUUCCAAUAGAGGUUCAUUUAGAAGUAAAAAAUGAACUUGAAAUUCUCAAGAAACGAAUUGAAGAAUAUCGCCGGGUUGUCUCCUCAGUGCCAGGUUUUCAAACGAGUUACACUUCAGCUCAGCCUGUUGAGAAGCUGUUGGCUGAUAUAAAAAAUUUACAAUUUCCAACACAGCUGACUAAAGCAGAUCAAAGCAACUCGUCUAGACAUCCCCAAAAAAUUUCCCCAAAGAAAAGAGGGACCCAUUCGAGAAGAAGAUCUUCAAAAAUUCAAAGCAAAGACUUCACUUCAUUAAAAGCAUCAAGCCCAGUUAUUAGCUCAAGUAGUGACAUAGAUUUAGAAAAUUUAUGA